GGGAUAUGAGCGUCCGCUCCGGGGUUAUGAUGCAGAUCCUCAGCAGUCUGCAGAAGUCGGGCAGGCUGAAGAUGAUGGCUAUGGUCAGGACCUCCCUCAGGAAAGUGGUGGUCUUCUUACAUCGCCUGCAGAGGAUGGCCAUCUCGUCCCCCCGCUACCAGAAACUGUGCAAGGAUAUCCAGGCAGAGAUUGAUGCUCACAACGACAUCUUCAGGAGCGUGGAUUGCGGCGGGCAGAAGAUGACGCGGUCGCUGGGCGGUUCGGAGGAGGCAGGGGAUCCACAGCCGAGACCCUGCGACACGAACCACGGCUGGUCUGAGCUCGGCGCCAAGACCAUCGACCUCAGGGUGCACCUGGAGGCCAGCUCGGAGAGGCGGAGCCGGCUGCUGGGGGAGCUGGAGGAGCUGAGGAAGUGGCUGAGUCUGAAGGAGGAAGAGCUGGCCGGCCAGAGUCCCGUCGGAGGGGAUGUCCCAACCCUGCUUCAACAGUACAGCCACUGCAUGACCCUGCGGAGGGAGCUGGAGGCCCGGGAGCAGCUGGUGGUCAGCACACUGGAGCAGAUCCGCUUGUUUGAGGCUGACCCAUCCAUUGAAGAACCCGAGGACCCGCAGACAGACUCACAGCCCAGGACAGAGCCCUCGGCCGCAGAGAGGGUGCAGGGGGCGGGCGGGUCCGUCCGCCAGCAGGCGGAGGAGGUGCGGGGACGCUGGGGCCGGCUGGUCACCCGCACGGACGGCCGGCAGCUGCAGGUGGGGAGGAAGCUGGGGCGGGCUCAGGAUCUCCGGGGGGACGUGGAGAGGCUGGGCGUGAGGCUGACCCAGGCGGAGGACGCCAGGGCGGGGUGGCCGGAGGUGGGGGCCCUGCGUGUCGACUCCCUGAAGGAGCACGUGGAUACAACGGCUGCCUUUAGGGAGAAGAUGGCACCCUUGGAGAGUGACAUCGGAGCUGUGAACGAGCUGUUGGCCAAGCUGUCAGCCCUGAAUGUUCAGGUGUCCUCAGACACCUCCACCAAGCUCGGCGAACUCAACCUCCGCUGGAAACUUUUACAGGAGGCCACAGGAAACCGGCUCAGACAGCUGCAGGUGACCCAGCGAGGUCUCGGACCCUCGUCCCAGCACUUCCUGUCCGCCUCUGUACAGAUGCCAUGGCAGAGGGCUGUCUCCCACAACGAGGUGCCGUACUACAUCAACCACGAGACCCAGACCACCUGUUGGGACCAUCCGAAAAUGACAGAGCUGCUCCAGUCUCUCGCUGACUUGAACGGCGUGAGGUUCUCGGCCUACAGGACAGCGAUGAAGAGCCGCAGGCUUCAGAAAGCCCUGUGCUUGGACUUGCUGGAGCUGAGCACGGCUGAGAAGGUCUUCGACCGGCACGGACUGAUGGUGAACAGCCAGCUUCUGAGCGUGCCUGACAUCAUCCACUGUCUGACCUCCAUAUACGACCUGCUGGAGUGGAACCACAAGGAGCUGGUCAACGUGCCUCUGUGUGUGGACAUGUGUCUCAACUGGCUCCUCAACGUCUACGACACGGGCCGAAGUGGGAGGGUUCGGGCGCUGUCUUUGAAGAUCGCCUUGCUCUCUCUCUCCAAGGGCCACCUGGAGGACAAAUACAAAUAUCUGUUUCGGCAGGUGGCGUCGCCGGGGAGCACAUGUGACCCCCGAGGGCUGGGGCUGCUGCUACACGCCGCUCUGCAGAUCCCCCGGCAGCUGGGGGAGGCCGCCGCCUUCGGGGGCAGCAACGUCCAGCCCAGCAUCCGCAGCUGCUUCCAGCACGUGAACAGCAGGGUGGCGCUCGAACCCGGGCAGUUCGUGGAGUGGAUGCGUCUGGAGCCCCAGUCCAUGGUGUGGCUCCCGGUCCUUCACCGCGUGGCGGCGGCAGAGACAGCCAAACACCAGGCCAAGUGCAACAUCUGCAAGGAGUGUCCCAUCGUGGGCUUCAGGUACCGGAGCCUGAAGCACUUCAACUACGACAUCUGUCAGAGCUGCUUCUUCUCCGGACGCACCGCCAAGGGCUACAAACUCAGCUCUCCCAUGGUGGAGUACUGCACCCCUACGACCUCCGGGGAAGAUGUGCGUGACUUCACCAAGGUGUUGAAAAACAAAUUCCGCUCGAAGAAGUACUUUGCCAAGCAUCCCCGCCUCGGCUACCUUCCGGUGCAAAGCAUUCUGGGAGGGGAGAGUACGGAGAGUCCCGUCACCCUCAUCAGCAUGUGUCCGGAGCAGUACGAGGUCUCACAGUGCCGGCUGCCUUCCCACGAUGACACUCACUCCCGGAUCGAGCGGUAUGCCAACAGACUGGCAGAAAUGGAGAGGUCCACUGUCUCCCUGCCCACAGACAGCAGCUCUGCCACAGGAAGCAUGGAUGAUGAACUGUCCUGCAGAAUCAUUGGUGGAGAGUCCCCGUUCAGCCAGCCCCACAGCCCCGCCCACACCCUGCAGAUGGACAGCAGCCAGCCCCUUAGCCCCACCCACAUCCCCCAGCCAUCAUUCAGCCAGCCCAACCCCCACGACAUGGAGAGGGAGGAGCACAGCAUCCAGUUGGAGGCGGAGCAGAGUUGCUAA